AUGGCCUUAAAUUCUCUUGAUGAUGAUCUCCCAGAAUUGUUGACUGGGGGAGAGUGCGAAGGUGAAGCGAUAGCAAUUGCUGAGAUAACGGUUCGGAAGGGUGGGAGAAAGAUGGUGGGAAAAGAAAGUGUUCACACCAAGACAGAUAGUGCUCCGAAGCUAAGCAAUAGUCAAGAAGCUUGUGGAGAAGGAAUGCAGCCGACUACGCAGGGAAGACAAGCCACCGGGGGUUACGGGGCCAAUGAAGAAUGCAAGGUGGAGGAGAAGCAGCAGAAGAAGAAGAAGGAAGAGGAGAUAAUGGAGAACGAUGACGAUAGGAAAACAACGAAACGGAAAGAACGACUGACUGGAACUGGGGGAAUAAUUGGGGAGGAAGGAGCCGAACACAACGUGUGGUGGGAAAGAGAAGACACGAUGGACGGAUGUGGACUUGCUGCACCGACCACCAGGGAGUCCAGCCAAUCAUCAGCUGUGACUAAGUAUGCCCACCACCGUCAGGGACCCUGCGUACCAGAUCGGAUCCUUGACUGGGUCGAAAAGGGUACAACCGAGACGGGGAAGACGCUAAGGCCAGUUUCAAAUGUGCCGGUGGUUCCGUCUAAAUGGCCUGGCCGUGCCUUGCCCUGCCUUGCGUGCUUUUCUUCCAUGGCUCCAGGUGGUCCUCUCCCACAUUCCACAGAUUGGUGCACGUACACGACUAACACGACAGCCACAGAGCAGGGGCGUUACGUAAGUUGGUGGACAACUGACUAG